AUGGUUAUUCUAAGCAGUAACUCACUUCGAGGGCGACGAUGUAAGCCGCCUUCCAAAGACUCAGGCGAUGUCCCCGAAAACUGGAUAUUGUAUAACGUUUUGAAAUUCAGUAGCCCUGCUAGGCUAGAAAUUUCCCUGCGCUGGAUGGCUGCGUAUCAAAGGAUGUUCUGGAAUCUUGUGGUGGUUCAAUAUGAGAAAUAUCAUAUUCAUCAUAUUCUUUUAUUCGGGCUGCUCAUAUUGUACAGCGUAGCCGGAGCUUUCAUAUUUUGCGGAUUAGAAAGCGGGAACGAGGACAUCCGAAACGAUGAGGAGGUGACACAUCUAAUCCGUCAAAGUGUGGCGGCAAAAAAGGAGCUGGUCGAACGAAUCCAGGCAAUGUAUUUUGCGAACUCAGACAAUGCCGUAUUCAACGAGACUGAUCUUCGAAAAGCGAUCGAUCGAUAUGAUGUGAACAUGUCGGUGAAGCCGGCCAUACAUCGUGAGAAGAGAUGGGAUCUAUGGGGUGGAUUGUACUAUGCCGGCACAAUCUAUACUACUAUUGGAUAUGGUGACUUGACAGCGGUUACUUUUUGGGGACGUUUAUUCACAAUGAUCUACGCUGUGAUGGGAAUCCCUAUGGUGAUCAGCAUACUCAACGAUUGGGGCACAAUCAUGUUUCAUGUCGUCGAUUUGAUAUGGAAGAAGAACUUUCGCGUUAUUUGUGAUCCAAUAAAAAAUUUGUUUCGAUAUCGGAAACGUCAUGAUUCACAGGAGAGCAUCUGUGAAAACGGCGUGGCAACGCUUAGUGAGCGACUUUCCGGAGAUCCAGAUGAUGUGGAGCCAAUACCUUUUUUUCUGGUGGUAGUCGUGUUGGUAUUCUGGAUGUUACUUUGCUGCACCGUAUUCGCUUUCUUUGAAAAUUGGACAUUCUUUCAAUCGCUCUACUUCUUUUUUAUUUCGCUGACCACUAUCGGAUUUGGUGAUGUGACUCCGAGCCAUCGUGUGGCUGUGGCGAAUUUUUUGUUGAUUUUGAUCGGCUUGUCGGUGGUGUCAAUGUCGAUCAAUGUUAUUCAAAUGCAACUUGAAAUUUUAUUCGCUAAAAUUGUAAAAUCAAUCGAUUAUGAUUUUAAGGUGAACCUAAGUGUAAGCGCCGAUGAACAUAAAAAAGUAGCAACGUUGGAUGACUCGGGCGGAGUGGAAUGUGGACCAUCGGAGUUACGUCCUAGAAAAGAGCACGACGUUGUGAAACAGUACGGGGAAACGAUGAAUGGUACUGAACGAUUUUUGAUGCGAUUUAUGAGCCAUCAUCAGAGAAAAAUGUUAAACGAUAAAUUCGAGGAUCGAGCAAAAAUGAGGAAUAAAUGGACGCAAACUGCAAAACAAAUAAAGGCUGCAUCUGUGCAAACUACGGAUAAAUAUCAGGAUUUGGUUAAUUUCGCCCCGGAAGAAGAGGAAGAGAUUCCAACAAAGUCUCGAAUAGCCACCAAAAGGCUCUACAUCUACAAUACAGGAGAAUAG